UUGUACUGGUAUUCCAUUUUCAACAUUCGGCAUACUCAAGUUUGUGCUUGAUCCAUCGGACUGAACUCUUAUUGGUCAAGCUUUGAAAUGAGUUUCGGGAAGUUAUCACCAGAGAGACUUGCAGCAUGUCUAUUAAGAAAAGGACGUGAAGUGUAAUUUCUUUUUGUUAAUGUUGACAUUGUUUUGUAGUGAAGGAAUGUGUGAUAAUAAUUUGUUUUGUUGUUAAUACCUGUACCUGUGAUGGUGUGUGUAUAGUGUGCAUAACUUCGAUUUACACGAGGGAGGAUUUUAUUUCGUGCGCCUUAGUAGUGUUGAACGGCACAGGUAUUUGUAAGAUUUGCUGUUUGCCGCGCAAUGCCUUGCCGGUGUUGUGAGUCACAGCUGCAGCAUCGCACUGGAAGCUCUUGCAGGGCAGGAUGAGUACUGUGGAGAAUCCAAAGCAUACCUUCAACGAGAAUUGUCCACGUCCGCCUAUACCAGGUGAAGAAACGGAAGUGACAGGCUCGCAUUCUCCGACUGCCUACUCAUCAUGGAGCUCCAAGUACAACAAAGGAGGGGGCUCUCCGAUUCUCACUCCUCGCCGCUCCAGCCUUGCUUAUUCCACAUCUGGCAUACAAGAUGCUGGCGCUCCUCUUGGCUUCGAGCCAGAGGGCAGCUGCAAUUCAGCAUUCAUGGAAGUCGGUGGUGGGUCCCACUCACCACCUCCUUACCUACGCUGGGCACGCAACCUACACAGCCUACUCGAGGACCCAGAUGGUGUAGAACUAUUCAGGCGGUACCUGGAGCAAGAGGGACAACCACAUGCUGACACUCUAGAUUUCUGGUUUGCUUGUGAGGGACUCAAGAAACAACAGGACCCUGACAAGAUCAACCAGCUAGUGAAGGUUAUCUACAGACGCUUCUUUUUAAAAACACAGCUAGCAAUUCCAGAUGAGCUUCGCAAGGAGGUGAAUCGUCACAUAAAGGAGGGCAAGGACCUACUGGCUGGCAACGUGUUUGAUGGCGUACAGGCCGAAGUGGAGAAUCUCAUCAACGAGACCACAUACCCCAACUUCCUGAAAUCAGACAUGUACCUGCAGCACGUUCAGGUCAUGCAGAACGGUGAACUGUCACUUGUGUCCACCAGCAGCAGCAGCAGCAGCAGCAGCAGUGGCAGUAGUUCUGGUGGUGGCAGAGAUUUGUCGCACGGCGGUCCGCCCUUACCUACACUCUAUGAAGACAUAGAGUUUGUGGCAGAGAUGGGAAACUCAGGUUGCAGCAAACUCCCGGUCAUUGGACAUGACGUUCUCCCACUCACGAGGGACAUGCUUAUUGCAACACAGAAGAAACGAGCAUCUGAGCUGAGGCCGAAACCUGAGGCAUAUGUGCGGAUGUGCUUGCAGCAUGCUCAUUUCCACUUUGCCCUCACCCCUCACCCCCACAUGGCCUACUCCUCAUAUAACCCAGUGUCGCGCCAGGAUAGUGAACUCCAGUCACUCAGCUCUGAAGCUCGGACAGAGUCAGACAACAUGUCACUCAAGGACAGCUCUGUGGAUGGAAUGUCUGUGAGUCACAGUCAUUGCACCAACAAAAAGCAGUACCAACAUGACAGCAAGCGGAUGAAGGAAAGUGCCAGAAUGAACAGGGACCCUUACAUGCACCAUACGAUGAUCCCACGUACCCAACGCAUUCAGAAAGAGCAGGUUCAUCCUAUGAAGCCAGACCAAUUUGCUGCCAUCCUGAUAGAGAAGUUGGAAUGGAUCAGGCGUGAACAGGAGGCUCAAGAGAAGCUGGACCGCAAACUGCAGGAGGGAGAGCUUGUAGCUGGUAUGGAAGAUGUAUCUCUGACAGAAGCAAUGGCUGCACCAUUCACAGAUGAUAUCCGAGAGAAGCUGCUGGUGGAAGAUGACAGUGAUCAGGCCAUUCUAGAUCAACAUGUAUUGCGGGUGUGGUCAGACUUGACUCCUUCACGCUCCCCUGGGCUCACGUCUCCCAGGCCUAAAUCUCCAGAGGGAAGACGCAGAAUCCUACCUGGCACAGCUAUCAACCUGAACAAGGCAUCCACAACAGGAGCUCUGUUGCCAGGUGCUGCAAUUCCGUCCCAUUCCAGCAGUGUGCCUCAUCCAUAUCAGACCCAUUCUCGCCCUGCGUAUUACCCUCGUCACAUGCGAAAGGAGAAAGACGUAUUCUCUACAUUCUCGUCAGACUCUGGAAAUGUACACGACUUCCCUGAAGGCCCAGAGCAAAAACAUCAUGGUGGCAGUGGACACAUGCCCAAGAGCAAGUCAAUGUCUGAUUAUCAAGAUGCACAGAAACAGGAUGCCUACUUGCCCAAGCCAGGUCAUGACUUCAGAAUCCGCCAAAGCAAAGAUUCAAACAGGAAGUCAAGCAGCAAGGAGACGCUGACAGAUCUGACUGACAGUGGAGUGAGCGUUGUGUCAGACAGCACCCCUAUUAUGCACCCCAGUGCACAGUGCAAAGACAACAGCAGAGUUCUGUCAUGGCUGAAGGAGAGCGACAAGCAGGUCUCCAGUGUAUUGCACUCACACAGUGAGCGAGAAGGUGCCAAGCAUCGGAUACGAAGGAACGAUCCCUCCGCAACCUCUCCUGUGGCAAUAAGGCACAAUAGAAAAUCUGCAGCUGUAUUCGCUACCUCUCGAUCGGGUUCACUGGAACGUGGCAGCAAUGGAGGAGCAUGGGGCCCUGCUCAGCCAUUUGUCGCGGACCCAUCGAUGCCGCCCCUACCUCUCCCACAUACAGCCACACAGCUCGAGGAGGCAAGACGCAGAUUGCUGGAAGAGGAUGGGCGCCCCAAGACUGUACGACAAAGGUUUGGGGCAUCAUCCUCAAAAACUGCAGGUGCCAUGAUGCAUGUGUCCAUGGAUGCAGCUCUCUCUGGCCAGUCAACAUUGCGUAAGAGUUUACGUGGUGGCCGCAAUUUGAUGCUUGGAGGUGCCAUCUAUAUGGAGGGCCCAGAGUUCACCACAGUAGUUUUCUCAUUCUGUGAUGAACAGUUCCCAUACCGCACCAAGAUUCCUGGACGGGCCAUCACGCUGCGGCAGUUCAAGGAAUAUUUGCCUAAGAAAGGCAGCUAUAGGUACUUCUUCAAGACAGAGUGCGAUGACUUGGACAUGAAAGUGAUUCAGGAAGAAAUAACAGAUGACAACGAGGUUUUGCCAUUGUGGGAAGGGAAGAUAAUGGCACAGGUGAAACCAGUCGAGUGAAAAAAAGAAUGGGUCGACCAUUAAAUAUAACCAUCAGGUGCGAAAUGUGUGCCUUUUUAUCUCUUUUUUUUUUCCCUCCCCUCAAAGUGUACGUGUUCCUGAAACUUUUCAACGAUAUAUAUUUUUUCUGUAGUACAACUAUUUACAAGUGCAGAGUGUUAGCAUGUUGGGACUCAUCAACAGACGAUGUUAUUGUACAAAAAUAUAUAAAUCAGUGGCAGCUCCAUCGUAAACAGUUUUGUAUGGAAUUGUAAUUAUGUCGAGACUUGAGUAGUAACGAGUAUGCGCGUGACACGUUUUGGUUAAUUUCUAUUUUAUAUAUCUCCUUGACAUGAAUUUUUAUUUAUAACAAGUGAUGGCCUAUGCAGAUGAAUGCAGCUGCGGAGCAGUGUGCUGUGCUGUCGGUUGUUUAUUUUGUAUGUCUCAGAUGGUACUAAUGGUGAAUAUCAGUUUCCUUUGUGAGUAUGAUUUUAACAACUGUGAAAGAUCUUGCUGGACGACAUGUUUUGAGGUAAUCAUUUGUGGAUCAGUGUUCAUAUUACAAAUGAUGUAUCAUGUCAUGUACCGUUUUAACAGAUUGCAUAGUAUUAAGCAGUAAAGAUCAGCAUUUUCAGAUUCA